AUGGAUGGAAAUAAAGAUGAUUACUUCUUUGAAUACUUUACGAUUUCACUACUCUCGGUGAUGAUUAUGAAACAUAAAAAGCCACUUCUGCUGAGUAAACUAAUGAAAAAAAAAAAACAUCUUUUUUGGUCGGUCAUCGAUGGCGGUGAUGAGGAGAGAGAGAGAGAGAGAGAGAGAGAGCGAGAGAGAGAGACAGAGAGAGAGAGAGAUAGAGCGAGAGAGAGAGAGAGAGAGAGAGAGAGAGAGAGGAGAGAGAGAGAGAGCGAAGAGAGAGAGAGAGAGAGAGAGAGAGAGAGAGAGAGAGAGAGAGAGAGAGAGAGAGAGAGAGAGAGAGAGAGAGAGAGAGAGAGAGAGAGAGAAGGAGAGAGAGGAGAGAGAGAGAGAGAGAGAGAGAGAGAGAGAGAGAGAGAGAGAGAGAGAGAGAGAGAGAGAGAGAGAGAGAGAGAGAGAGAGAGAGAGAGAGAGAGAGAGAGAGAGAGAGAGAGAGAGAGAGAGAGAGAGAGAGAGAGAGAGAGAGAGAGAGAGAGAGAGAGAGAGAGAGAGAGAGAGAGAGAGAGAGAGAGAGAGAGAGAGAGAGAGAGAGAGAGAGAGAGGGAGAGGGAGAUUCUGCCUGCCCCUCCACAGACUCAAGGGGCGGGUUAAAUGGCUCGCUACGUCCUCCCCUGUCGAAGACAUGAGCGCUUGUUUAAGUCCCACCUCGAGCCACCUCUCCGGGGACGCUAUAAAUAGCAGGCCAUCUCUUCCUCAGAUCAAUAAGCAAGAGAGAACUUGUUUAAGUACACCACGAGCCUUGGCUUCUCUCUCAUCAGCUCCACUUGCUUCCAGCGGUGGCCUGCUAGCAUGGCGAAGGCUCUGGAUCCUCUGGUUGUUGGGAGAGUGAUAGGAGAGGUCCUGGACUCCUUCAACCCCACCGUGAAGAUGAUCAUAGCCUACAACUCCAACAAGCUGGUCUUCAAUGGCCACGAGUUCUUCCCCUCCGCAGUGACCUCCAGGCCUAGGGUUGAGAUCCAGGGAGGCGACAUGAGGUCCUUCUUUACACUGGUGCACUCUCCAACCCUUUCUCUCUCCCUCUCUUUCGGUCUCUAUCUCUCUCUCUCUUUCAUUCUCUCUCUCUCUCUCUCUCUCUCUGAGUUGCAGGUAAUGAUAGACCCCGACGCCCCAGGCCCCAGUGACCCAUACCUCAGGGAGCGUCUUCACUGGUAACAACUCUAACAUGACUUCGUCAUCCACGACGUGGUGGCAACUCGUGGAGAUUGGCGCAUAUGCUUUGCAUCAUUCGCGCAUGUAGUGCGCAAUAUCAAGAUAUAUAUAUCUAAACAUUAAAAUGGGUGCUGUUGCAGGAUUGUGACGGACAUCCCGGGCACCACCGAUUCUUCCUUUGGUGGGUCAUCUUCCUCCUUGAAGACUGCGACGUAGAGAGAGAGAGCCAGAGAGAGUUGGUUAGUUUAUGUGGUAUAGUGAGGGGUUUUUGACGGUAGUCUUUGCCCUGUGUUUUCGGGGAGCAGGUAGGGAGGUGGUAAGCUACGAGAGCCCGAGGCCGAACAUCGGCAUCCACAGGUACGUGUUCGUGCUCUUCAAGCAGAAGCGGCGGCAAUCGGUGACGGCGCCGCCAUCCAGGGAUCGCUUCUCCACCCGUCGCUUCGCGGCCGAGAACGAGCUCGCCCUCCCCGUCGCCGCCGUCUACUUCAACGCCCAGCGGGAAACCGCCUCCAGGAGGCGCUAGAACUUGUGAACCCCCGUUCACUCCUCCGCCCCCCCAUAAACUGAGUGAGUGAGAGUGAGAGAGAGAGAGAGAGAGAGAGAGAGAGAGAGAGAGCUGGUGCCCGUCUAUCUUCGCUGCUGCUGCUGCUAGGUGUGUUUAUAAAAAUGAAAGUGGGAAAGUGGGAAACAUUGAGGGGAGACCGGGGCCGUGGAGAGACGCCUACCGCAUGCCCCCCCGCCGCCCCUUCGCCAAUCUCUGGCAGAGGCUCCUCCUGUACUACACCCCCAAGAAUUCCAUCAAUCAGCCCACCAGGUCAAUAGUAUACAACUCGGACCUUCGUCUUCUUCCCCUGGCUAAAACCUCCUCAUUUAUAACGUUCACUGCCUCUCUCUCUCUCUCUCUCUCUCUCUCUCUCUCUACGCAAGAAAUGGGGCCCCGGGUUAAACGGGAGUAUAGUGGCCUGGUACAGACGCCUGUCACCAUUAGCUUUGGCUGCGAUCGAAUGGAGGAAUCUCAUAAGGUACUUGAAACGCAGCCAUCUAUCUGCACCGUGACAGUUUAGGACCAUCACAGAGUCUCUGUCUCUGACCGAUACCAAAAUUAGUAGUUUUGACCAGCAAAAAAUUAUUCUUCUUCUCGAUUAUUCCUAAAACUGGAUGAAUCGGCCCCGGAAAAGUGGAUGAUACAAACUGGGUCAGAGCAGCUCCCCACGGCUGCUAUGCUUCUUUGGGCAACGCGGAGAGCUGGUCCCGUCGCAGCCACUUGUUCACGAGGAAGGAGUCGAUGAUGAUCUGCAUGGCGGCUGCGCCGGUCAACGGCCAGAGACGCAGAGCUGGGAACUAGCAUAGGAAUAAAUGACGUCAGCAAAGCUCUUCACCUGGUUUAUGUGCGCGGCUACACAAGGGAGAACCAGCAGACCGGGCUCCCCCAGCGCUCCUCCGAGCUGCUCCACGACGGCCACCAUUACUGGAAGGGUUUUCUGCGAGAUGGCGCGAAUUAG